CAGAAUUAUUUUAUUCAAGCACUUCUGACUAUCAAAAUAUGAAGUUUUUCUUGCUCGCAGCCCUAGCAUUGGGCAUCAGUGCUCACCUAGUCUGGGCCACCGGGUAUUCUAAUCAGGUAUGCCUCAAGCUGCCUCAGGGCCCUAAAGGACCCAGAGGUAUGAUGGGGCCAGAUGGUCCUGAAGGUCCGCAGGGCCAGGACGGUCAGCAGGGCGAAGAAGGACCAAUGGGUCCCUCCGGACCCGAAGGGCAGGACGGAGAGGAUGGUGAACCUGGAAUGCCUGGUAGACCAGGUAGCUCCGAGCUGCGCAGUAUUCCGAUCAGCCUGGCCUUCUCCAACCCAUCCCUGCAUGCACCAAACCCGUUCUACAUGAGUCUUCUCUACUCUUAUUUCAAUGGUCGCUACUUCGUGGGAACUCCCAACCGACAGCGCUCUCUGGGCGGGAAUGCCAACUUCAACAUCGCUCGCACGGCUGUCAAGCUAGUUCGCUGGGGAACGGAGAUUCGUAUUCGAUUUGUGAAGUCUUACGAAGGCUCUCCCGUAUGCAAGGUUCACUUCCAGGACAUUUUCAGCCACGCAAAGGUCUAUGCUACCAGCUCCUUCCUCGCUAUCAAGCUGCCCACCAUCUGGAAAAGGAGAAAGACACACAUCCAGGCGGUCUGCUGGGGUGCUUUCCCCAAGCCAGCCAAGAACUAGUCAGUGCGGCAGCGACGACUGGUUAAAGUGACUAAGAUCAGCUGUUAUGUCCUAUUCUUCACGCGUUUACGCCUAAUGCUCUUCAUUCCGCAAAAAAAGAAAAUCCUCCCCUACAGCUCUAACACUGCUCUUUUACUCCAAUCACAGAAAGGCCUGGGAUAGGCAAUUUGCUUUCUCCAAUGUAACUCCUAGAGGUUGGCACGUUCAGUAUUCCCUCUUCAUACAUGAUCCGAUCAAAGUUCCAGAUCCCUUUAUGCAUGAGUUUAGUAUUCUCUCUACACAUAUGCCUCAGUUAGCGGUCGUCAUCUGUUCUCUUGGGAACGGACAAGGAAUGCCAUC